GGGGCCGGGCGGACUACAGCUCCCGAAGGGCUGCGGGCGCCGAGGGCCGGCGGCCUCGCUUCCUGCCGCAGCCGGCGGUCUCUUCACGGGGCCGUCCGCGGCGGGGGCCGAUGGAGGAGCCGCUGGUGCAGUGCCCCGUGUGCCUACGGGAGCUGCCGGGCGCGGACAUUAACUCGCACCUGGACCGGUGCUUGCAGGCCGCGGAGGGCCAGGCCGAGCCGGACUCGUCGCCCCCCUGCAAGCGGCCGCGUCUCGCCGCCGCCCCGCCGGGGAGCCAGGCGCAGGGGGAGCCGGAGGAGGCCCGCCCGGCCGCCGCAACCCCUGUCUUCUCCCUCUUCCACAAGGACCGCGGCGGCGGGCAGAGCCCGGGAGCCCCCGGCAGGAGGAGCGGGGCGGGGCGGGAGGAGGCCGCCGUGAAGCCGGAGGAUGGAGUCUCAGCAGCGGGCAGCGGAGCGGCCCUGCGCCGGGCCAGCCUGGAGGAGAAGCUGGGCGGGAAGCCCCUGGCCGAGCGGCUGCGGCCGGACACGCUGGGGGAUUACGUGGGUCAGGAGCGGGUGCUGGGAGCGCAGACCCUGCUGCGGUCGCUGCUGGAGUCACACGAAAUCCCCUCCCUCAUCCUCUGGGGGCCGCCGGGCUGCGGGAAGACUACACUGGCACAUAUCAUAGCCAACAGCAGCAAAAAGAAUGGCACGAGGUUCGUGACACUGUCAGCCACAAGUGCCAAGACAAAUGAUGUUCGAGAUGUCAUCAGCCAAGCCCAGAAUGAAAAAAGACUCUUCAAGAGAAAAACCAUCCUCUUUAUUGAUGAGAUCCAUCGUUUCAAUAAAUCUCAGCAGCUUUUUCUGCUUCCCUCCCAUCCUCAGGACACUUUCCUUCCUCACGUCGAGUGCGGGACGGUGACUCUGAUAGGAGCGACCACAGAAAACCCUUCCUUCCAAGUCAACGCUGCUCUUCUGAGCCGGUGCCGGGUGAUCGUCCUGGAGAAGCUCUCGGUUGAAGCGAUGGAGGCGAUUCUGAUGCGGGCCGUCAGGUCCCUAGGGGUCCAGGUUUUGGGCCAGGGUGACCAGCACAGCAGCUCUGCGACUGGCAGCAGCAGCGGGAGCUCAGAAUUCCCAGUGUACAUAGAGGAGAAAGCUCUCAACGCCCUGGCCUACCUCUGUGAUGGUGAUGCAAGGACUGGACUGAAUGGACUCCAGUUAGCAGUUCAGGCCAGACUAGCAGUGGGGAAAACCACUCCUUUGCAUGGGACCACAGGUGGUUCUGCGGAUGGCAUUCUGAUAACAGAAGAGCAUGUAAAGGAAGGGCUACAGCGAUCACACAUCUUGUACGACCGAGCAGGAGAAGAACAUUACAACUGCAUCUCUGCCCUGCAUAAGUCUAUGAGAGGCUCAGACGAAAACGCUUCCCUUUACUGGCUUGCUCGAAUGCUUGAAGGUGGUGAGGAUCCGCUCUACGUGGCAAGGAGGCUGGUGAGGUUUGCAAGUGAAGAUAUAGGGCUGGCAGAUCCUCUGGCUUUAACACAAGCAGUUGCUGCUUAUCAAGGUUGUCACUUCAUUGGAAUGCCAGAAUGUGAGGUCAUUCUAGCACAAUGUGUAGUGUACUUCGCCAGAGCACCGAAGUCUAUAGAGGUCUACAGGGCCUAUAACAAUGUCAAAGAAUGUCUGAGGAUGCACACGGGACCUCUGCCACCUGUUCCGCUGCACCUGAGAAAUGCCCCAACAAGGCUUAUGAAGAACUUGGGCUAUGGUAAAGGCUAUAAAUAUAACCCCAUGUACAAGGAGCCUGUAGAACAGGACUAUCUACCACAAGAGUUGAAAGGAACAGACUUCUUCAAGGAACAGAAAACAUGACUGCCUUGCUCGGGAUGGAUUUUUAUUUUGUGACGUGUACAUUUGUAUUGGGACGGAAAUUCCCCUUACAGUUUCAGCCAUCUGUUACUAUGUCGGAAAGUAUUAAACCACUGAGCCUUUCAGACACUUUCUAACCCUUCUGAUUUUACUACUGUUAUUCUGAGGGUGUUUUGUAAAGAAUUUCUGUUGAGCGGUCUAGAAAUGCAGAAGUAAGCUUUAUCAGUGUAGUGCUGUCACCCUCUGAUUCAAAUGGAGAAAAAAAUGAGACACCUGCGUUUCUGGCUCUUACUGUGAGACAAAGAGUAUUAUUGUGCUGCUUUUUAAAAUCAAUGUCUAUUUCAGAUUUUGAGAAUGUUUAUUUUCCAAAGAAAAAAAAACAAAAUUGUAUUCCCCCCACUAAAAUACAGUAAACAAAAUCUAAUUACAGUUUAAUUCUUGAUUUUAUGGUGUUUCAUAGACUAAUUUUUUACAACAUUUAUUAAGCCAAUAAAUUUCUUAAAAAUAGCA